AUGGUUGAUAAAUUUUGCAUUAUUGCUCCAUUGUAUAAAGCAUUAGCAAUCAAAUGCCCAUCGCUAGUCUCUCUUAAACUUUCAACAAAGGCAAUAUCUGAAAAAGGGUUUGAUAUAUUAGCAACAAAAUUAACAAAACUCAAUAAUUUAGUAUUACAAAAUUGUUCCAACCUUACUGAUAAAAAUAUAGAACAUUUUGCAGAAAAAAAUCCUAAACUGCAAAAUCUUCAAUUAUUGGGUGAAACACUCACAAUAAAAUCAUUUAAAGUUGUAAUGUAUCUGAAAGAAUUAAUAAAUUUUGAUCUCAGGUGCUUACAAGAAGUUGAUAAUCUGUCAAAUGAAAUAGAAUGGUUAAGACCAGUUUGUCACAACCUGCGUAUUAUCACGCUUGAAAACUUACCAAUUAAUGAUGACGCAAUUUCAGCAAUCACUGUGCACUGUAAACAUUUGGAGAAAAUUGGACUUUCAAAAUGUCCACAUAUUACAAAUAACUCGAUCAACAGUAUUGCAAAAAAUGAAAAUAAUCUUUAUGUAUUAGACCUAAUUGAAUGCAAAAACGUCACAGAUAUGUCUCUUAAAUAUCUUGGUCGUAAAACCAAUUCUUCACUUACCCACAUUAUUAUAGACUCAUGUGGUCAAUUUAUUCCAGAAACUGUGCACUGGUUUGUCAAAUCUUCACCAAAACUUGAGAAAAUAGUUUUCAAUGGAACACCUUCUAUUACCAAUUCUUUUGUUUAUCAAUUUGCCACAGAACAACAAAAUGCAAGCUAUGACUCAGACUCAGUUGCCUAG